CUCGAAUCCGGCAGCGGCGCUCUGGGGCCCGGAUCGGUGGCCGUGAGCAGCCCGGGCACUGCAAGAUGGAGUUGGAGGCCGUGCUAAAGGAACGGACCGCCGCUGCCGGGGAUCCUGGACGAGUGUUGGGUGCUUGGGUCCGGCGCGGCUGGUCAGCAGCCGGGCCCAGCGUGCUUGAGCCUGAAGGUGGCUCCGGGGCAACAUUAGCUUUCGACUCUACGGGCAGCCGCAUCUUAGAGUUGGCCUCUAAGGACAACGAACCUGAGUACGAAGCGCUGCCGGAAGGAUCUAAUGUGACUACGCACAUGUUAGCGGGGGCCGUGGCUGGGGUCAUGGAGCAUUGCCUCAUGUACCCUGUAGAUUGUGUCAAGACCCGCAUGCAAAGUCUUCAGCCAGAUCCUGCUGCCCGUUACCGAAACGUAAUGGAUGCCCUUUCCAAAAUUGUCCGAACUGAAGGUUUCUGGAGACCAUUAAGAGGACUGAAUGUUACUGCAACAGGCGCAGGCCCAGCCCAUGCUCUCUACUUUGCCUGCUAUGAAAAGUUAAAAAAGACAUUGAGUGACAUUAUCCGCCCUGGGGGCAAUUGCCAUAUUGCUAAUGGGGCAGCCGGAUGUGUUGCAACACUGUUACAUGAUGCAGCUAUGAAUCCUGCUGAAGUGAUAAAGCAGAGGAUGCAGAUGUACAAUUCACCCUAUCGCAAAGUGACUGACUGUAUAAGGGUGGUGUGGCGAAAUGAGGGUGCUGGUGCCUUUUACAGAAGCUACACAACGCAACUGACUAUGAAUAUCCCCUUCCAGGCCAUCCACUUCAUGACCUACGAGUUCCUGCAGGAGCACCUAAAUCCUCACAGACAAUACAACCCAACCUCCCACAUGCUAUCUGGAGCCUGUGCCGGAGCUGUGGCUGCUGCUGCCACUACUCCACUGGAUGUUUGCAAGACCUUGCUCAACACACAAGAAUCUCUGGCUUUGAAUUCCUCUAACAUAAGUGGACAUAUCACAGGCAUGGCUAAUGCCUUCAGGACGGUUUACCAAGUGGGUGGGAUUGCUGCCUACUUUAGAGGGGUUCAGGCCAGGGUAAUCUAUCAGAUGCCCUCCACAGCCAUUGCAUGGUCUGUGUAUGAGUUCUUCAAAUAUAUCCUCACUAAACAACAGGAGAAAAGGAGGGCUGGGCACUGAUGCCCAUUACCAAAGCAGGCCCUAUAGAGACCCUCCAGGCAUAGUUAAUGACUUGUUCUAGCCUGUGACUUGCCUUUCUUUUAAUGUUCUUAUGUAAGUUGUUCUUAGCGUGGGAUCUCUAACCUGUUCCACGGUCCCUUUUGGGUCACAGAACAAAGGAAAAAUAGUGCCAUUCAUCUGUCAUUUAUCUGGCGAGCCCUUAUAACGUCAGCAUCCUGAUUGGGUCAAAAUGUAGACUUCAACUCUUAAGCACUGCUGCUGUUCCAAAGCUUUAGUUAAUUGGCAUCUUUUCAAAUCUGGGUUACAUACGCAAACAGCCUGUCUAUGCGUAGUUACUGUCUUGGCUUGAGGUCGUUAAUUUGUAAUGUAAUAUUACAUUGCUGGUAAUCAUAACCUUCAGUUUGCAAUUUUCUGGGUUAAAUGUUCUAACUGAAAUUGGAGACAGGUUGCCAGAUGCGCAGUCUACCACUGAAUGGGCAUGGCUGGAAGUUUAACUUUGCCUGGAGUUCAGCUCUAUCUCUGUGCUGUAUUCCCCUUUGUGCUUCUGUUUUAAAAGGUUUCAUUGUUACUGCAGUUUUCAAAAGGGGCACUAGGAAGUCCAAUCUUCCCUACGCUAUACACUCUCAAAAGUUUACCAUUGUUCUUUAACAGUGUCUUUACCAAAGCCUAUUGGUAGUUUGUCCUAAUACAUGAAACAUUUCGGCCGUUGUCAGCACGCACAUGCUUAAAGCACUUACACCACGUUGGUGGCUGGGGACAUAUAUUUGUUUCUUAAUCCUAAGAAAUAGGGUGGGGAAUAAUGUCUAUUUUUGACCCAUACCACAUCUAUGUCUUAUUUACUAAGGCUUCUUAUAUUUGCUUUCAAUACUUGUAAAAUGCAGAACCCAAACAUAUUGUAAAAAGCAAACAAAAAUCUGCUGCUAAAGUGGGGGACCUGUCUGACCCUUAAAGGCAUAUUAGUGCCAUCUUGAUGAGAAGGCUUCCUAAAAAGUAUGUGGACCAUGAAGUGAUGAUAUUGUGAAGGGAAAGUGGAAUUGUUUGUUCUGCCAUAGGGAGUUUGCCAAAUUUGUAUUGGAAAGUUUAUGAAGCAUGCAAUCCAAACUGACAUGUUUGCUUGUAAACCUGGUGGCCUUUGCUCUGUUUUGCCUACAUCAGUGUCUGGUUUGUGUUAAAGUGAGUCAAAUGAUUGUGCAGACUUUGCACACCCAUCAUUUGCACAUCUGAGGAGGUUUUUGAAUUUUGUGAAAACAUCUACAAUAAUUGUGUACCCAAACACUGGUCGGUGUUAACAAGAGUAAUGAGCCAGCCACCAGCUUUUUUGCAUGCCAAAUGUCUAAUUGAUGGGCUGACACAUCAUCUGUGAUUGGCUGUGGCAAUACCUUGUAAUUACCUUCUGCUCCUGUUGAAAAUUCAGUUUACAACUAAAAUGGCAAUUCUCUUUCUUCCAAAUCAGAUACAAUCAGGCAUGAGCACAUCUGUGAAUGUACUCUGGUGUUUAGCUGGGUUUUAUUUCUGGUUCUAGUGGUUUAUUUAAGCCUAAACCCCUGUAAGCUCCUAGUCCAGAUACUAAUGAGAGACACUACUUGCUAUGGGUGUCUGCACUUACCAUCAACUCAACUUCCUUUCUCUUCAUAUGUGUUCCCAAAAUUAUGCUCCCCUCUUUGAAGGCCAAUUCGGUGAUAAUAAAGACUGGGAAGUGA